AUGUACGUCCCCGCGCACUACUUUGUCGUAUAUCGCAUUAAGGAUGCUCCAGUGAAUCGAUCUUUAUGGCAAAGAGUCGCGGCCACCUUCAUGGGUGUUCUGGCUGUCCUUCCCCUGGCGUGCGGUCUGGCCUGCACUGUUAUCAUGGUUUUCAUCGGCAACCCUUCGUUGUACCGGCACUGCACGGCAAUCAUAGGAACAUGGCUGGCCUCCACGGCAACCGUUGAUGUGCUCAUGGCUGCGCUCCUCUCGUAUACAUUGUACAACGCCCGCAUCGGUAUCAAGGAGACGGACACGAUGGUCACCAAGUUGAUAGUCCUGGUCGUCAAUACCGCAAUUCUCACGAGUGGUGUCGCCUUCGCGGACCUCGCUACGUUCUGGACGAUGGGUAACUCAAAUCUCGCCCACUGGGCUCUCAAUAUUAACCUCUCAAAACUCUACGUCAAUACGUUACUGGCGACGCUGAAUGCUCGCCAGUCCUUAUUCAGAAGUCCCAGGCAUAGUAUCCCCGCGUCGACCAUGGAGCUGAAAGCCUAUGAUCCCGGUAAUGUCAUCCAAAUCCAGAAGACCACCAUUCGGAGUACGGAGGUCACUUAUGUGGACUCUGAGCUGGCGUACGAAGACCCGCCCGCCCUGCCGAUUGGUGUGUAUGCGCGUGCCAAAAUUAGACGGGAUAAAGACUAUUACUGA